AUGGGGGAGAAAGAAAAGAAGGGGAAGGCAGAAGAGGAAAGCAGCAAGGCAAGGAGAGAGGAAGAAGGGGAAGGAAGAUGGGGAAGGAACAAGAGGAAGGAAGAAGGGGAAGGCAGAAGAGCAAGACAGCAAGGCAAGGGGGGAGGAAGAAGGGGAAGGCAGAAGAGCAAGGCAGCAAGGCAAGGGGGGAGGAAGAAGGGGAAGGCAGAAGAGCAAGGCAGCAAGGCAAGGGGGGAGGAAGAAGGGGAAGGCAGAAGAGCAAGGCAGCAAGGCAAGGGGGGAGGAAGAAGGGGAAGGCAGAAGAGCAAGGCAGCAAGGCAAGGGGGGAGGAAGAAGGGGAAGGAAGAAGAGCAAGGCAGCAAGGCAAGGGGGGAGGAAGAAGGGGAAGGCAGCAAGGCAAGGGGGGAGGAAGAAGGGGAAGGAAGAAGGGGAAGGCAGCAAGGCAAGGGGGGAGGAAGAAGGGGAAGGAAGAAGGGGAAGGCAGCAAGGCAAGGGGGGAGGAAGAAGGGGAAGGAAGAAGGGGAAGGCAGCAAGGCAAGGGGGGAGGAAGAAGGGGAAGGAAGAAGGGGAAGUCAGAUGGGGAAGGAAGAAGGGGAAGGCAGACAUAUGAGCCUGAUUGUCAGCUCCACAGACAAGGAGUGA